AUGCCCUAUGUCAUAAUAAGCACUGUGGCUAUAUUUGCUAAUGUAUAUAAAAAUGCGCCUUUGAUUGUUGGAGAUAAGGAUUCGGAUCCAGAUUUGAUGAGAUUUCUGGGUGCUCGGCUGACCACAAACUACCCAGCAUGUGGAUCGCCGCCUAUGUACGUGUUGCACGCUCCACCAAGAACCGUCUUCGACAACUUGGAGAAGCGUGGGUAUUGCCUUAUGAGCGCACAGACGAUUCAGGAGCAUUCCGUUUGGAUCCUGGCUAGGCCGAGGGUUCCCGAUGAUGACAAAGUUGAAAUUUCCAGAGGAGGGCCGAAUGACAAAUCAAUUCAGGCAUUUGAUGAAUCUCAGGAUUCUAAUUCUAAUUCUCCAAGCAGAGCCACUAGUAUUGGCAGACCACGGAGCCCAACCGAAACUCCUCGGAUCAAGAUCUCGCGAAGCUCAUCGAGACAGGAGGAAGAUAAGGCUCUGGAACCAUCCGAGCCUACUCGGAUCACGACAACGGAGCAAAGUUCACCGAGGCAGGAGGAAGAUAACUUUUCGGAAAUUCCAGGAAGUCCAACAAGUCAAAAAUCAUUUCAAAUUGAUAAUCAAACCAUUUAUUCAGGUUCCCAGAAGCAACCUUCACAGGACGAUGAUACUAGAUCAACUUCCACUGACUUGAACAGGAGGGAUGAAAGUCCGAACAAUGUGCUGUUCAGUGUCCAGUUUCGAGAAUCAUCACCACGACGAAAAUCAUCCCAUAGAUCAAAGAAACUUUUGGAAAGCCAAAAGCUUAGUGUAGAGAUAAUAGAAAAUGAACCAAAACGGAGAUCAUCCCAUAGACCAAGGAGAAUGUUGGAGUACGGAAAUCCUCGUUCUCAAUCAGUCUCUCCAGACAAAAGAGGAACCAGGGACACAAGUCCUAAGAGCCAAAGUCUUACAUUUCAGAAUCCAGAAAGUUCAUCCAGAAGAAAAUCAUCUCAAAGAGAUAAUAGAUCUUUCAUACCAAAUAACCUGAGACUGAGUGUACAGGUAAGAGAGAAUUCACCAAGACGAAAAAAUGUAUGCGUAAAAGAAAAAAUGUCGAUUGGGACCGAAACUACCCGUUCCCGAUCAAAAUCUCCUGAGAAAAGGCACACAAGCCCGUCUGAGCCCCACAAAUUAAGAGAUUCAAUAUUACUGGCUCAGAAACGAAAUUUACCUCAGAAAGAAAGAUCAUGGACCAGAAUUUGUACUGAAAAUGAUCAUACUUAUUUUCGAUCUGCUUCUCCGGCGAGAGGAUUCAUUACCGACCCAGAUAUCCCUCUCGGAGGUAGCUCACCUCAAAAAGAUAAGGAGCAUUAUUUUGCACUAGAGGACUCACAAAAGAUUUUACCUUGCGACAAAGAGGAUCCUGGUAAUGUAACAAGCAGAGGAGAUGCAGGAACUCACUGGUUAGGAAGUGAAAAAGUGCAUAUGGGUGUUCAGGCAUCGGACUCAGAGGUGUCAUUGACAAAAGGUUCUGAUAUUAUGUCCAGAGUUAUCUUUGACCCACGAAAACAUUCUGAACUAUUGAAAAAUUCAGAUGAAUCAAUCGAAAAUCAUUUGCAGAUUGAAACUCCCAAAAAAAAAUCUGCGCUCAAACGUACUAUAAGUUCAUCCCAACAAACUCAGGCGGAAUUCGAUUGUCUUGAACUCAUUAAACCUCGUAAAACUGGAAUCUCUGUCCAUUUCGCCAGAUCGAAUGAAGGAGACAUCGAAAAAUCUUCGACGUUGAGCUCAUGUAUUCCCGAAAUUUCCGGAUUCAUUGAUUUUACCUGUUUGGGCUGUAACAAAACAGAAAAGCAUCCCACGACUUCAGGAAAUGAUCAAGGGAACAAUUUCCGAAAUUUUGAAGAAUCGAGUAAAAUGAAUGAUGCUUUGAAAAAUUCAGUGAUCCUAAGAUCUCUUGCAAGCCGGUGUUCUCAUAUCGCAAUAGUUGAUGAAGCUAAUAAGCCAAUGUUCAUUGAUAUCAGGGAUCCCAACAAUUUGACAUGCUUGACACAUGAAAACUGUUGCUGUGAAGAUAGUUAG